UGCAGACCAAAUUUCAAGAAAAAUAGAAAAAAUAAAUAAAAAUUUUGUUUUUGUUUUUAGAAUUGUUUGGUUGGUGGUGGGUAUUGGAUCCAAUGUCACCAAGUAAAUGUUUUUAGUUAUCCAAUGUGUUUUUCUUUUUAAAAUUCAGCAAAAAAAAGUGUUAUUUUAUUAGACACACAAAUCAUUGUUUUUAGAAGCAUUUUUGGGUGUCUCUGCAAUCUCUGCGGUCUGUCAUGUGAAGUUUAGGUGAAAAAUAAUUCAAGAAACCAAAACCCCAAGUUUUGAAAUUCUUUAUUUUAUUAUAUGGUAUUUUUUUGUAAUUUUUUAUUUUUGGGUUUUGGGGUUUUAUGAAAAGUGAAAGUAGUAGUGAAGAGUGAAAAAAAGGGUAGUGAUGGUGAUGAGGAAGUUCAAUAAAUUGAGUUUGUUUUGGAGUAGUUGUUGAUUUUAUAGUUUUGUGGUCAAAGUUUUUGUUUGUCAAUUGAUGAUAAUGACACUAAUUGGUAGAUCUGAAGAUUCUUGUGUUGAUAGUGAUCUUGUUAAAACCUUUAUAGACAGAAAGGAAAAUGUCUUUUGGAUCUUUUACAUUUCAAGAUUUAAUCAUCAAAUAAGAAAAUACUCUACUUUUGUCCUAUGAAAAUCCAAAUGAUCAAAAAAAAAACUCCAUUUUUAAUGAACUUUCUUGUUUCCAUUCAUCAAUGGUGACACCCAACCAAAUCAAGAAUCCAUUUUUGCAGACCUCUUUAGUCUCAAAACUCCAUUUUUAGCUCUGCACUUUGGACUUUCUUGUUUCCCAUUCAUCCAUGGUGACACCCUACCAAAUCAAGAAUCCAUUUUUGUAGAGACCCCUUUAGUCUCAAGACUCCAUUUUUAGCUCUGCAUUAGAUCCCUUUAGUGUUAAGACUCCAUUUUUAGCUCUGUAAGUUGAGUAUUUUAGUGUCAAGACUCCAUUUUUAGCUCUGUAUUGAGCAUUUCAGUGCUCAAAAUUGUCAAGUUCAAUGAAAAUCAAGAACCCAUUUUUCCUCUAGAAUUGAACAACUUAAUGCUCAAUCAUUCAACAAUGGAAAUGUCAAUUUCAAUGGAAAUCAAGAACCCAGUUUUGUUCUUAAGGUACUGUUCUAGUCACAAAUUCUUGUUUUUCAUUUUCUCAAUAUUUUCCAUAGUUUUUCCACUUGUAAGAUCAGAUGAUGCUGAAGCACUUUUAGCAUUGAAAUCCACAAUAGACCCCUCAAAUUUUCUUGAUUGGAAAAAAGGAACUGAUUUUUGCCAAUGGCAAGGUGUUAAAGAAUGCAUGAAAGGUAGAGUUACUAAGCUUGUUGUUGAAAAUCUCAAUUUGAGUGGUUUAUUGGACCAAAAUGCUCUCAAUCAACUAGAUCAAUUACGAGUUUUAAGCUUCAAAGAAAACUCCAUUUCCGGCCAAAUCCCAAACCUUGCCGGACUUUCCAAUCUGAAAUCCCUUUUCCUCAACAACAACAACUUUUCCGGUGAGUUUCCGGCUACCAUUACCCUCCUCCACCGUAUCAAAGUUGUGGUUCUCGCUGGAAACAAACUCUCCGGUGACAUUCCUCCGGCGUUAACAAAUUUAUCCCGGUUGUAUGUUCUUUAUCUAGAAGACAAUCACUUCACCGGAGAAAUCCCACCGUUGAAUCAGCUCAGUUUAAGGUUCUUUAAUGUGUCAAACAAUCAACUUUCUGGUGAAAUCCCGAAUACUCCGGCGUUAUCUCGGUUCAAUGAAUCAUCUUUCGCCGGAAAUGUCAAAUUGUGCGGAGUACAACUGCAUAAUAACUGUCCUUCAACUAGUCCAUCGUAUCCCAUCAUUCCAGAAAAUGUAUCUCAUCAUAAAAAAAGCAAAAAGGUUAUCAUCAUCAUUGUCCCAGUGGUCGCUGGAAUCUUGAUCCUCUGUGUUUUGAUGGUGAUUUUUAUAGCAUGUGUUCGAAAACGAAGAAGAAAAACUCAAGAUGGAAAGAGUAAAGGAGUUGAAGCCGGUGGAGGCGGGGGAGGGGGAGGGGAAGAAGAGGGGACUAGUCGCAGUGGCAAUGGCAGUGGUGGUGGUGGUGGUGGCAGGGAUGGUAAUAAUGGUGGAAAAGAAGGGGCAUUUUCAUGGGAUCAAGGAAGUGGAGGACUAGGGACAUUGGUGUUUUGUGGACCAGGUGAUCAACAAAUGAAUUACACCUUAGAGGAUUUGUUGAAAGCAUCAGCCGAGACAUUAGGGAGGGGUAUAAUAGGAAGUACAUAUAAAGCCGUGAUGGAAUCCGGCUACAUUGUGACAGUGAAGCGGUUGAGGGAUUCGAGGUUUCCGAGGUUAGAGGAAUUCCGGAGGCAUGUGGAGAUUAUUGGUAGGCUAAGACAUCCUAACUUGGUCCCACUCCGAGCAUAUUUUCAAGCUAAGGAAGAACGUUUGCUUGUUUAUGAUUAUUUCCCUAAUGGCAGCCUCUUCUCCCUCGUUCAUGGGACAAGAGCUAAUAGUGGUUCAAAGCCUCUUCACUGGACUUCCUGUCUCAAAAUUGCCGAGGAUGUGGCUACUGGAUUGCUUCAUAUCCAUCAGAACCCUGGUCUAACUCAUGGAAACUUGAAAUCAUCAAAUGUACUCUUGGGGGCCGACUUUGAGUCGUGUCUUACAGAUUAUGGCCUCAUGCCAUUUAGGAAUCUAGAUUCUCCUGAGGAAUCAGGUGCUUCUUCCCUCUUCUAUAGAGCUCCUGAGUGUCGUGACAUUCGAAGGCCACUUACCCAUCAGGCCGAUGUCUAUAGCUUUGGUGUCCUCCUAUUGGAGCUUCUCACGGGAAAAACUCCAUUUCAAGAUCUUGUUCAAGAACACGGAUCAGACAUACCGAGGUGGGUGAAAUCUGUUCGAGAAGAAGAAACUGAAUCAGGUGAUGAACCUGUUUCUAGUAAUGAAGCCUCGGAAGAGAAACUCGGUGCUCUCUUAAACGUAGCUAUGGCUUGUGUUUCACUUGUACCCGAGAAUCGACCCACAAUGAAGGAUGUUUUGAAGAUGAUCCGGGAUGCUAGAGCAGAAGCUCAAGGGUCCUCCAAUAGCAGUGACCAUUCACCAGGAAGAUGGUCAGAUACUGUCCAAAGCUUGCCAAGAGAUGAACAUUUGAGCAUAUGAGUUUGUACUAUACUUAUGGAGGUCCCGAAUAACGUGUCUUGAUUCUUUUGGAAGGCAGAAGUUACUUCGUAAGUUAAGCAUCAUCGAUGUAUCUGAGUUCUCAGGGAUUUGUUGAUUCAGUUCUUGUAAAGUCUCAAGGGCUUUCUACUUUUCUUGUUUUUCUAGGUUUAGCUGUUUGUAUGUAGGAGAUUUGCUUUUAUACCACUUGGAUUGACAUUCACUAGUUGAUGAUACAUUCCUGAUUCAAAAGUUGUCAUUAUGUUUUGUGAGAGAUGUAAUUGUAAUUGAGGUUCCAACACUUCUUUAACAGAGUUUCUUGUU